UUUUAGGCCUCUUCAUGUGCAAAAGUGUUUCCUACCUUCAAGGCGUGUCUGUCAGUGCAUCAAUCAACACGCUAGUAGCUAUAUCAAUAGACAGAUUUGUUGCCAUAUGCUACCCGUUAAGAUGCCAGAUGACUACACAGGCAGCUCGGUGGAUCAUCGCAAUCAUAUGGACUUUCUCGUUGUCAAUAACACUUCCUUGGGUUCUCUACUUUAAAAUGGAACCAUACGAUCCUGAUGAACCAGAUGGGACACAGUUGUGUGUAGAAGAAUGGCCACAUGAAAAUGCAGAAACAGUUUUCUUUUUUGUUGCAAAUCUUGGUCUCUGUUACGUUCUACCACUUUGCCUCAUAUCUAUGUGCUACAUUGGCAUUUGGAUCAAAGUUUGGCGUAGAAAUAUACCAGGAGAAACAAAAGGAACCAAUGCAGAUGCUGUAAUGCAAAGAUCAAAGCUGAAGGUUGUAAAAAUGAUGGUAUUUGUCGUAGUUCUUUUCGCACUGUCAUGGCUACCCCUUUACACUAUCUUCGCAAUGGUGAAGCUUGGGACUACCGUGGAUGAAAACACAUGGAAAGGAAAAAUAUUCGCUGUGAUGGUGCCAAUAGCUCAAUGGCUCGGUGCCUCUAACAGUUGCAUCAAUCCUGUUCUGUACACAUUUUGUAAUAAGAAAUUUCGAAAGGGUUUCUUAGCUAUCAUAAAAAGUCGAUCUUGUUGCGGCACUCUUCGUUACGAGACGACGCAUAGUGGUACUAAAAGUACGGUACUGAGAAGUACCUUCAAGUCCAGGUGCGAUACUCAAUCUGAAUAUGUUUCUGCUCAAGUAUGAAAUCUAGAUUCUAGAUUAAAGACCUCCAUGUAUUUAACGAUUUGCUGAUGCACUACUUCAGAACACGAGGAAUUAUUUUAUCCAAUUCUUGAAGGGAUGUAAACAUUCUGUCAAAGAGUUUUUUCUAUUAUGUGCAGAUAAAAUGUUUUUAAAUACUGUUACGUGAAAAGUGUGCAUAUGCUGCCAUCAGUAUUUAUUAUUUGUUACGUAAGAAAUAAAAUGACUUCUUUCUUCGUGAAAUGAAUCGGUAAAUAUCAUAAAUCUUCUUAUUGAUGGAAUAAGAUAUGCGUUGAUGAAAUAUAAUCAUGUGCUUGUUGAUGAAAUAUAAUGAUGUGUUUGUUGAUGAAAUAUAAGGAUGCUAUUGUUGAUGAAAUACGAUAUGUCUUAAUGAAAUAUAUUGUUUUUGUUGAUGGAUUAUGGUACGUGUUGUUGACAUAGAUACUCUCAUUGAUUGGAUAUGAUGUUUUUAAUGAUGAUAUAUAAUGUUCUUAUUGAUUGAAUAUACUGAUGUUUCCAUGAAUGAUAUAUGAUAUUUUUGUUGAUGGAGUUUGAUGUGUGUUGAUAAAAAGUAAUAAUGUUAUCAUUGAUGUAGUAUGAUAGUAUUCUUAUUGGUCAUAAAUUUGAUGUAUGUUUGUAAAA